AUGUCAAAUUUACGUCGAUUAGACCUCUUAAAAACUCAUCUUCUGUCCAAAUUUCCAACUUCUUCUUUAGACCGCUCUCUUGACGAAUACAGAGGGCGUGGAGAAAAGAUCAAUAGUUCACUUUUAUCUCAGCUCUAUUUCGAGGAUGGUUACGAUACUUUGAUGAAAAUGCGCAAAGCCAUGACUAAAAAUCCACUUUUUAAUCAUUAUGAAGAAGCAGAAAUGCCCCGUGAGAAAUUACGGGAAAGAGUUGUCCAGCAAAUUGCUUCACUUUAUUUUUCUUUCAAUCUAAGUUAUGAAGUCGACAAAAAAUGGCCGCUUGGGAAGUGCCAUUUUUGCUUUGGGCUAGCUGAGCAUGAUUUAGGACUUACCACAAGGUUUUGCGUACAUAUCAUUUUGUAUAUCGAUACUUUGCAAAAUAUAGGAACAAAAAAACAUUUAGAGUUAAUUAAUAGGGCUUAUCAGCUACUUGAUUAUGGAUCUUUUGGAAUGACUGAACUUGGCCAUGGAUCAAAUGUUGCAAAAGUUGAAACCACAGCUACUUAUGACCAUAAUGCAAGGGAAUUUAUUAUUAAUUCCCCUACUCCGACAUCAGCAAAAUGGUGGAUUGGUGCUGCAGGAAAAACAGCGAAUAUGUCUGUAGUUUUUGCCCAACUGAUUGUGGAUGGGGUUGGAAGAGGAGUCCAUGCUUUUGUAGUUCCAGUGCGAGAUUAUGCAACCCAUGAAACUUUGCCUGGUGUAAUUUUAGGUGAUUGCGGAAAAAAACUUAGUAAUGAUGGGAUUGAUAAUGGCUUUAUGCUCUUUAAAAACUACAGGGUGCCCUAUGAUGCUUUACUAGAUAAGUAUAGUUGGAUUUCCCCAGAUGGAAAAUUUAAAACAAGCUUCAAAAACCAAGAUAAACGACUUGCUGUCAUGCUUGGAGGAUUAAUUAGAGGAAGAACAGCUGUAGUUAUUGGAAGCGAACAAAAUAUGAGGCAUGCUUUAACUAUUGCUUUAAGAUUUUCAGCAAUACGAAAACAAUUUGGACUUCAAAAUGGACCUGAAGUACCUAUACUUGACUACCAAACACAGAGAUAUCGCUUAAUCCCUCACCUAGCAAGGGCAUUUGCAAUCAGAACAGGAGGUCUCUUUUUAUGCAGCAAUUAUAUAAGGAUCAGACCAAAAAUAGAUAACGAGCCUGAAAGCGAUGAUAUCAAUGAGCAUCAUGCAUUUUUAAGCGCCUUUAAAGUUGUUGCAAGCUCCUAUGGAGUUGCAUGCACUCAGGACUGCAGAGAAGCAGUUGGAGGUUUAGGAUAUUCAUCAUAUUCAGCGCUAGGAAGAUUGCGAGCAAACCAAGACACUCAUCUAACUUGGGAAGGCGACAACACUGUCUUAAUACAACAAGCAGGGAAAUUCAUUUUCAAACAAAUCCAAAGGACUUUCAAAGGCUACAAAAUCAAUGCACCCACACUGUCUAUCCUAAAAACUGACUAUGAGGAGUGCAAAGCUUUAAAGCAGAGCUUUGAAAAUUCUCAACAAUUAGAAAAUGAGAAAAUGCUAAUGGAAUUAAUUGAAUUCAAGUUCAACCAUUUACUGCAUAAAGCUUUAUUAAAAGUACAGGAAAAUGCUCAGGUGUCAACGGAUAUGCUAGAGGUCUGGAAUAACUCCCAAGUUUUUCAUAUUCAAGAUUUAGGCAAAGUUUAUGGAGAAUAUGUCAUGGCGAGAGAAUUUUUGAAAUUUGUUCAUGAUAUUGAAGCAAAAUGUGAAGUCACUGGAAGGGUCAUAAGAAAGCUCUUUUAUUUGUAUGUGGUGGAUACUGUUGAUAGGAGUAUAGGACUAUUCUUAGAAAAUGCAUUGAAUAGUCAGCAGGCCAAAAUUGUAAAAGAUAGUGUGAUUAGGUUAUGUAAUGAAAUUGCGCCUUCAAGUGUUAGCAUUGUUGACGCUCUUGCUGCGCCUGAUAAUGUGCUUGGAUCAGCUAUUGGGAAUUCUGAUGGCCAAAUGUAUACUCAUAUGAUAGAAAGUGUAGAAAAUGGGCCGAAUGUUUAUGAAAAACCGGAGUGGCUUCCUCUUAUCCAUCAAAUCAGAGAAGCAAGCAAGUCGAAGCAGUAA